GCCCCUCGCCGCACCGCGCCCCGGUUCCCACGGCGCCGCCGGGCACCGCGAAAGAACCCGCCUGCCCUGCAAGCAGUCCCGCCGGGCCAGGCCGCGCGAACAUGGCGCUUGUCCCCUGCCAGGUGCUGCGGGUGGCCAUCCUGCUGUCCUAUUGCUCCAUUCUGUGCAACUACAAAGCCAUCGAAAUGCCCUCUCAUCAGACCUAUGGGGGGAGCUGGAAGUUCCUGACCUUCAUUGAUCUGGUUAUCCAGGCUGUCUUCUUCGGCAUCUGUGUGCUGACCGAUCUCUCCACUCUCCUGACCAGAGACAGCGGGAACCAGGAGCAAGAGCGACAGCUUAGGAAGCUCAUCUCCCUCCGGGACUGGACGCUGGCCGUGCUGGCCUUUCCUGUCGGGGUUUUUGUUGUGGCGGUGUUCUGGACCAUCUAUGCCUACGACAGAGAGAUGAUAUACCCAAAAUUGCUUGACAACUUUAUCCCAGGGUGGCUGAACCAUGGAAUGUUCUGUACGUGUGUCUGGUGCCCUGUCCGCAGCCCGGACUCUCAGCAUCUAGUUUCAGGACUCCUGCAGAGACUUACUGCUCAGGUGGAAACAGCACACGUUCCCACCGGCUCUCAGCGUAUGGAAAAAUUACUCAGUCUUCUGUAGAUUUUCCUUUAUGAACAUCGACCUGAUGUUUCAACACGGCUUGUGAUCAGACAACCCUUAAAACCUGACCCAAAAAUAUCCAACAACAAAAAUCCACAGCCUCUACACCCGAUCCUGGGCUAAGCACAAGGAAAACAUGAACUUUGAAAGUCUCAAGUGAUUACUUGAAGGAGACAUGAUCUGGGCAUAUUGUAGAAACACCAGUUUGAACACAGACCUUUCCCAGGUCCCUGUAUGGAAUUUCUAGUGACAUGUACAAGACAGAACCACCUUCAAAUUCUGAGGAGCCCUUCCUCACCUCAGCCUGCAUUCCUUGCUGAAACCAGACUUACUGGUUGCCAACUUUUGCUCCAUGUACAUGCUGCGGUUGGGCCAUCUUCAUUUUACCACUGCUUGAUUGGGGUGCAAAGAAGAAAAUAGGGUGUAGCACUGUUGUUGCAUAUUCUGACUAUAGCUUUCCUCUUCCAUCUUGUUCUUUGUUCAGUGAGUACUUUUGCAUCAUCCGCUAGCCUAAGGAACUGCAAAUAUCAACUUAUUUAAUCCUCAGGUGUAGGCCUAGGAAGAGCCUAGUCUGCUCGCUAUUUUAUAUGAAUGAGGAAACAAUUGCACAGAAUAUUUCACAUAUCCAUAAAUAUCUGCCCAUCUGUCUACCAAUUCAUAUAUCCUUAUAAUCAUAUAUCUCCAUGGGUAGGUUUUGAUCCCAUCUACAUUUCUUCUCUCCAGUAGUAAAGAAGAAAAAUCAGAAGAACUUAUAGCGAGUGCUUCGUUCUGGCAGAGUAGAGAGGAUUCGGCUGCAGUUGUGUGUUAGUCUCGCCCCUAUUCUGCUUUGACCGUAUACGUCAGAAAAGCAAUUUAAGGGAGGAAAGAUUCAGGUGGACUUAUCAUUUCAGUAAUAUCAAUUUGUGGUCACUGGGUUGCACACAGGUUCGAGCCUGAGAUGAAAUUAAACCUCAUGGUAUAGUGGGGGGCGGCUACUUACCUAGUGGUAUGCAGGAAGUUGGGUGGGGAAAGACCACUUGCCUCUUUCCAUGUCUCCGGUCAUAUCUACAGUCACCUGCUUCUUCCAAGCAUGUUCCCUUCCUAAAGUUUGAAUCAUCUACCAAAACAGCACCAGCAACUGGGUACCACACUUUCAGUGCAUCAGCUGCAGGGGUUAUCUUAUAGUCAAGCUUAACAGUCCAAGAGAGACAAGAGUGCUAAAAGGAGAAAGGAACACAGGUAUCCAAGUCUCUCUUUGGUAAGAAAAAACAAACAGGAAUGGGUGGGACACAAUACAAAAAAAAAAAAAAAACCAGCAACGCAGAAUCAAAAUUAUAUUUUAUAUCCAACUCAUAUCCCAGGGCAUGAAAAUAUACGAUAAGAAGGAUAAUAUUAAUAAAGUAGCUAUGCGUUUUAAAUU